GCUCCCUGGCCAGCUCCGAGUCCUGUCGGUGGGGGCAGCAGGAUGCUGGUGGAAGCAGAGGGGGCCGGCCGGGUGCCUCCGCAGCUCGGCUGGCAGGGCCCGGCGGGGUGUGUGCAGCUGCUGGUGCGAGCCCCUCCGCCCCACCCCUCCCCAUGCAGCCCUGGCAGUGCCUCCGGCGCUUUGCCCUGGCCUGGUGGGAGAGGACAGCGGAGGGCAGCGCCCGAUCUUCCAGGGAGGAGGCUGGACCGAGGGACCCCGGGGGCCGAGGGGAGCCAGGGCUCCAGCGUGCAGCAGGAGGAAAGCCUCCAGGACUCUGUUCCCUCUGUUUAAAGUCUCCAGAUCCGGAGCGGAGCAGCCCCCCCAUGCUCUCUGCAGACGAUGCCGAGUACCCUCGGGAGUACCGGACCCUGGGGGGCGGGGGCGGAGGCGGGGGCAGCGGGGGCCGGCGCUUCUCCAACGUGGGGCUGGUGCACACGUCGGAGCGGCGGCACACGGUGAUCGCGGCCCAGAGCCUGGAGGCGCUCAGCGGGCUCCAGAAGGCCGAUGCUGACCGCAAGCGCGAUGCCUUCAUGGACCACCUGAAGAGCAAGUACCCCCAGCACGCCCUAGCCCUGCGGAGUCAGCAAGACAGGAUGCGGGAGCAGGUCGGCGGCUGGACCGUGGACCCCGUGUGCCUCCUCAGCUCCCUCUGCUCCCACCUCCAUGGCGACUCCGCCCCCUCCGGGGCUGGCCAGCCGGCCCAGCAGCCAAACUACUGGAGUUUCAAGACCCGCAGCUCGCGCCACACUCAGGGAGCCCAGCCUGGGCUGGCAGACCAGGCGGCCAAGCUGUCGUACGCCUCCGCUGAGUCACUGGAGACCAUGUCGGAGGCGGAGCUGCCCCUGGGCUUCAGUAGGAUGAACCGCUUCCGACAGAGCCUGCCCCUCUCCCGCUCAACCAGCCAGACGAAGCUGCGCUCUCCAGGGGUGCUGUUCCUGCAGUUCGGGGAGGAGACUCGGCGCGUGCACAUCACGCACGAGGUCAGCAGCCUGGACACGCUGCACGCACUCAUCGCGCACAUGUUCCCGCAGAAGCUCACCAUGGGCAUGCUGAAGUCGCCCAACACAGCCAUCCUCAUCAAGGACGAGGCUCGCAACGUCUUCUACGAGUUGGAGGACGUCCGGGACAUCCAGGACCGCAGUAUUAUCAAGAUCUAUAGGAAGGAGCCACUCUACGCCGCUUUCCCUGGCUCACACCUCACCAACGGGGACCUCCGGCCCUGUCCGGUUCGGGGGCUGUGUUCUGCACAGAGAGAGAUGGUGUAUGCGUCGCGGGAGUCGUCGCCCACGCGGCGCCUCAACAACCUGUCGCCCGCGCCGCACCUGGCCUCCAGUUCGCCGCCGCCGGGGCUACCGUCGGGGCUGCCGUCGGGCUCGCCGUCGCGCUCGCGCCUAUCGUACGCCGGGGGGCGCCCGCCCUCCUACGCCGGCAGCCCCGUGCACCACGCGGCCGAGCGGCUGGGAAGCGCCCCCGCCGCCCCGGGCGUUAGCCCGAGCCCCAGCGCCAUCCUGGAGCGGCGCGAUGUGAAGCCGGAUGAGGACCUGGCGGGCAAGGCGGGCGGCAUGGUGCUGGUGAAGGGCGAGGGCCUCUACGCCGACCCCUACGGGCUGCUCCACGAGGGCCGCCUGAGCCUGGCCGCGGCCGCCGGCGACCCAUUCGCCUACCCGGGCGCCGGUGGCCUGUACAAGCGCGGCUCGGUGCGCUCACUCAGCACUUACUCGGCCGCUGCGCUGCAGUCCGACCUGGAGGACUCACUGUACAAGGCGGCGGCCGGAGGCGGCCCGCUCUACGGCGACGGCUACGGCUUCCGCCUGCCGCCCUCGUCGCCGCAGAAGCUGGCCGACGUGGCUGCGCCCCCCGGGGGCCCCCCACCGCCGCACAGCCCCUACUCGGGGCCGCCCAGCCGCGGCUCGCCGGUGCGCCAGUCCUUCCGCAAGGACUCAGGCUCCUCGUCUGUCUUCGCCGAGAGCCCCGGAGGCAAGACCCGCAGCACCGGGGGCUCCUCGACGGCUGGAGUCCCCCCUCCCGAGCUCUUCCCCGGGCCUGGGGAGCGCCCGCUCGUGGGGUUCGGGCCGCCUGUGCCAGCCAAGGACACGGAGACCAGGGAGCGCAUGGAGGCCAUGGAGAAGCAAAUUGCUAGCCUCACUGGCCUGGUGCAGAGUGCCCUACUGCGAGGCUCGGAGCCAGAGACCCCCAGUGAGAAGAUUGAAGGCUCCAAUGGAGCAGCCACCCCCUCAGCACCCUGCGGGUCAGGCAGCCGGAGCAGCGGGGCCACCCCAGUGUCCGGCCCUCCCCCGCCCUCGGCCAGCAGCACGCCUGCGGGGCAGCCCACUGCCAUCAACCGUUUGCAGAUGCAGCUACACCUGCGUGGCCUGCAGAACAGCACCAAUGACCUGCGCAGCCAGCUUCAGCAAUUGCGGAAGCUCCAGCUACAGAACCUGGAGUCUUUGCGCGCGCUGCUGAAGGGCACGGAGGCGGAGCUGAGCAUGCGCGUGUCGGAGGCGGCGCGGCGGCAGGAGGACCCGCUGCAGCGGCAGCGCACCCUAGUGGAAGAGGAGCGGCUGCGCUACCUCAACGACGAGGAGCUCAUCACCCAGCAGCUCAAUGACCUGGAGAAGUCGGUGGAGAAGAUCCAGAGGGACGUGUCCCACAACCACCGACUGGUGCCUGGGCCCGAGCUGGAAGAGAAGGCUCUGGUGCUGAAGCAGCUCGGGGAGACGCUGACUGAACUCAAGGCUCACUUCCCAGGCCUGCAGAGCAAGAUGCGGGUAGUGCUGCGUGUGGAGGUGGAGGCAGUGAAGUUCCUGAAGGAGGAGCCACAGCGCCUGGAUGGGCUACUCAAGCGCUGCCGUGGGGUCACAGACACGCUGGCCCAGAUCCGAAGGCAAGUGGACGAAGGUGCGUGGCCACCCCCCAGCAACCUCCUGAAUCAGUCCCCCAAGAAGGUUACAGCCGAGACUGACUUCAACAAGAGCUUGGACUUUGAAAUGCCACCCCCCAGCCCUCCACUGAAGCUCCACGAGAUGAGCGGGCAAACCGAGGGGGCCCCUUCGACCCCGAAGGCGGGCAACCCCACCAAAGGCCUGGACACUCCUGGCAAGAGAAGCGUGGACAAGGCUGUGUCUGUUGAGGCUGCCGAGCGGGACUGGGAGGAAAAGCGGGCAGCCCUGACCCAGUACAGCGCCAAGGACAUCAACCGGCUUCUGGAGGAGACACAGGCAGAGCUGCUGAAGGCCAUCCCUGACCUGGACUGUGGGAGCAAGGCCCACCCAGGCCCAGCCCCCACCCCUGACCACAAGCCCCCCAAGCUGCCCCACGGUCAGAAGGCAACCCCCCGAACGGAGCCCAGUGGAAGGAGAGGCUCAGAUGAGCUGACAGUGCCCCGAUACCGCACGGAGAAGCCCUCCAAGUCGCCCCCGCCGCCCCCUCCCCGCCGGAGCUUCCCCUCCUCCCAUGGCCUGACCACCACGCGCACUGGAGAGGUCGUGGUCACCAGCAAGAAGGACUCGGCCUUCAUCAAGAAGGCCGAGUCUGAGGAGCUGGAGGUGCAGAAGCCCCAGGUAAAGCUGCGCCGAGCCGUGUCCGAGGUGGCCCGCCCGUCCUCCACGCCCCCCAUCAUGGCCUCUGCCGUCAAGGAUGAGGACGACGAGGACCGCAUCAUCGCAGAGCUGGAGGUGUUUGAGAGAAGCUCAGUGUCUCCCCUCCCCCCCACGCCCUGCCGCCAGCCGAUCCCCACCUUGCUGUUCCCCCAGGACCCGGGGCCUCCUGGGGGCUCAGCCCCGGGCCCCACGUGGAAGAGUGGCGGUGGCAGUGUGCCGCCCAUGAAGGUGGUGACUCUGGGGACCUCUCGGCUGAAGGCGGCCCAGGGCCAGGCAGGCAGCCCCGACAAAGGCAAGCAUGGCAAGCAGAGGGCCGAGUACAUGAGGAUCCAGGCCCAGCAGCAGUCCCAGGGCUCAGGAUCUGGUUCUCAGCCAGACGGCUCCUCUCUCAGAAGGCCCCUCACACAGGACCAGAGAGGGCUGUCUCCUCAGCCGCUCCUGGACAAGACCCUGCUAAGGCUGGUGACCCCGGGGUGUGGAAGGGGCCUUUAUGCCUGUCUUCCUGCCACUCCACUCCCCUCCUCUGCUUCCUUCCCUCUGCUCUCAAGUCCCACCUGCUCUUUGGGGUCCCCACUCUCAUCUCAGCCUCCCUCUUAGGCCACCUCCCAACUAAGGGAGAAACCAGUUUUGCAUCUGUUUUUCAGUCUCGUGUUUGGGUUGCAGUGUGGUUAAUGGGGAGGGGGAGGAAGGGGAGAAGUACUUCGGCCCCCCCGUUGGGUGCCGUAAUAGUGGUGGAGGCGCUGCACCCUCUUUCGGAUUUAAUUAGUGGGCCUGGGACAGUAUAUCGAGUUGACAGCCUCACCCAUGGAUGCUUCUGCCCUGUGGCUCACCUGUGGCCCGGUCGGAAGAUGCAAAUGGUCCUCAGGCCUAGAUGUUUAGAGAGACCUUUAGCGCGCUCAUUUGGUUCAGUAAAUAUUUCCGAGCAGUUCCUGUAUGCCAGGUCCAUUCUGAGUGCUGGCUGGGAGUGGGGGUCAUGAAAUGUCCAGAUGCUGUGACUUGAAGAAGGUUCUAGGCUCAGAGGCAGGAGGUGAGAGAUGGGCAAGUCUAGCCACCUCCUUUACAGAUGAGGGGACAGCUCAGAGAAGGAAAGGGACUUCCCACGGGCCCACAGCAAGGUGGCAUCAAAGCCAGGACUGGGAGCCAGGGAUCCCAAAGCCCUUCCCACCACAUGGCUCUGCCCAGCGCUGGGCACACAGGCCUGCCUGCUGGUCCUCUGGGGAGUCCAGUGGAGACACCCCUCAGUGGACGUCCAGUGGAGACGCUCCCUGCUGGCCAAUCGUCUUCCUCAUGGGUCCCCAGACACAUCCUGCCAGUCCCACCCCCAGCUCUCUUUCCUGCCACUACCAAGGAUGAGUUCCCCUCCUCCUGUCCAGGCUGGUCUCUCUGCGGUGUCUAGAAUGGCCGCCGACAUUCCUGGGGUAUUCACGUGUGCCGGACGCACACAUUAAUUCAUGCACACUCACUGCUCUGAGGAUGGGCCUUAUUAUCCCCAUUUGACAGAUGGGGAAACUGAGGCUUUACCCGAGGUCACAGGGCCGGCAAGUGCUGGAGCAGGGUUCAAAUCCAGACCGACACCCAGGCCCCCACCCCGCACAGAGUUGCUUCUGCCUCUUCAGCGGGCGCCUCCCUCCUCCGGAAUUAUGCUCCCCGCCUCUCACCGUGACUCCCAACUCCCCCGGCACCCAGCUCCUCUGCCUAUUAUUGACCUCUCUCCUGCCCCUCCAGUCACCUCCAUCGCCUCCACGCCCUCUCCUCCAUUCAUCCCUCAACCCACCCCCUCCUCCUGCUUCCUUCCAGCCUCACCCCUGGGCUUGGCUAGGUCUCCAGUGGCCUCCAAAUGGCCUCUUUGCACCGUGCUCUACCGACCUCUCUGCAGCAUGUUGGGCACAUACGCUGCCCCCCCCACGUGCAUUGGGGGGCCGUGAGACCCUCCGCUCCUUGGCAUCCUCUCCUCCCUUGUCGGCCCUCACUGACCCUCCUGGGCACCUCCCCUCUGCCCACCUCUUCACUCCCCUGCGUCCAUCUUCUUCCACAGCCUCUUUGCUGCUCACACCACGUGCUCCUCUCCUUGGGCACCGGUGCCAUCUGUCCCUGCCCAGGUCUCUGUUCUGAGCUCAAGCCUGCCCCUGUUGCUCGCUGCUCGCCACUUGGGAGAGUCACCGGCCCCAGGCAUCCACCUACGCUGAGGGGUCCCCUGAGCUCCCCGCCUCCCUCACCUUCCCCAGCUACAUGGUGCUUCUCUCUUCCCACAUGACUGGUGUGGCUGUAUCUCACUUUCACUUUUCUAGAAACCUUUCUUUAAAAAAGCAUCUUCUCUCUAAUGAAGUAUUACACGUUCUUUGCAGAAAUGUUUUAAAGUAAAGAAAUGUUAUAAAGCAGCAGGGGAAAAAAUUAUCCUGUGCCUCGGUACCCCAGCGCGUGCCCUUCUAAAGUUUCCCUGCAACUUCUGUGACCCCUAACCUAUCUUCCCAGACCUGCGGGGUGGGGAGGAUUGUUUGUAAAAUGCGGAUUUGAUUUUAUCACUCCCCUAGCAUACCACCUGUGCCCUCCAGCCCCGGCUGGGUAAGAAAAUCAAAACUCCCUCACUGGCCGCCCUGGCUCUUCAUGACCAACCUCGGCUCCCUCAGCCCAGUUCUCCCUGCCCGCCCCCCCACCCCAGCCCGUCCAUUUGCUCCAGUCACCCGUAUCACCUGGCCCUCCAUCCUGAGGCCAGGGCACCGUUCCAUCCCAGCUCAGUCUGUGACCCUGGUCAAAGUCCUCUGCCUUCUGCAGGCUCUUUCCUCAUCUGUACAAUGAGGGCAAGAACCCAGAGGCCGGCUUCUGAGUUCAUGUAAUAUAAUACCGUGUGUGGGAAAGAACUUCGAAAGCCACAGAGCGCUCUCCAAAGGGAAGGAGUCACCACCAUGCUUGGCUGCACUGUACCUUUGUCAGGGCCAAGGGCUGGACAGAGGCCUCUCCUUCAUCUCGUGGUUCUGACACUAGGAGCUCGAAGCGGCCUUGACAAUGAUGAGGGGGAGGGGAAUAGAAGUGGCAGGACCAGACAGAGAAGUCGGGGUGGAGGAGUGGAGAAAGUUCCGAGAGGGGGCGCAACUGUGCCUGAUACCGCAGAGAAAUCAGAGGAAAUGAUUGAGGAAAAGCUCUUGGAUGUGCUCAAGAUUCAGGGGUGGGAUGAGAGCCAGAUUCCCAGGCGACAAGGAUCGAGGGCUUGGCGCGGGCAUGAAACUGUGGACACCCCCUCUUCUACUAGGGCUAAGCAACUGUUGGACACCUAGUGUAUGUCCUCCAUUGGUUCCGGUGAAGAGACUGUAAUGAAGGGACCAGUGAGAGCAGGAAGCUGGACCUCCCUGGGGAGAGGGGUCUGGGGACCUAGGGUGUAGGGAGUCCUGUGAGAGCUGGACAGUAGGUGCUAUAGUUCUGGAGGGCACAGCAUGCCAGCGACGUGGCACCACGUGGGGAGGGAGUAAGGAAGAAACUUUACCCCCUCUCUCUUUCCGCCCUGUCAUAAUCCCCAGUGGGCAAACCAAGCCAGCCAGCCAGCCACGGCAUGGCGGGGUCAGCCAGCCAGGGUGCAGAGCAGGGCAGAAAUCAGAGCUGGGGAUGGAGAGGCAAACAGAAAAUAGCACCCCUCUUCUGUACCAAUUUUAAGCAUCUUAUUUAAUCCUCGUAACAACUUUAUAUCUUUAAAAAUCUGUGCAUUAAUCCCUUUGUCACUGCUACAUCCCUACAGCACCUAGAACAGUACUUGGCACACACAGGCACUCAAUAAAUAUUUGUUGGUUAGGUGAACGCAUGGAUGAAUGAAUGAAUGAAUGAAUUUGCCACUGAUCAGGCCCAAUCCCGAUGGAACUAGACAAUGCAGACUUGAAAUGUUAAUAUACUAAUGAUAUAAUAAUAAUAAUAAUAAUAGCUACCAUUUAUUGCCUGCAUCCUGAGUGCAGGCACUGGGCCUCGUGCUCUGUGUGCAUCGUCUCAUGUGAUUCUGGUGCUGCAGGUGCUGUUAUCCCUGCUUUGCGAGUAACGACAUGAAGACCCAGAGAGAUACCUGCCUAAGGUCACAUGGUUAGGAAGUGGCAUAGCUGGGACUUAAACCCAGGUCUGCCAGUUACAAAUUCUGCUUGUCCUAACGCUGGAUUCUACUGCUUUGCUGGGAAGCAUAACUUCGUGGGUGCCGCCAACCCUUGGGGAGACGGCACUCGUGACGGGAACACUGUUGACAAGAACAUUAGGGGAACCAUGGUGGGCUCACAUGUAGCGGUCUAAGCGGUUUUAGCUGCACAUAACAGAAACUCCAAAAUGGCUUAAAUGACAAGGAAAGGUAUUAGCUAACGAAACAAGAAGCAGGGAGGUUCCAGGGUUGGGGAAUUCAGCAGCUCAAGGACAUCAAGACCUGGGCUCCUUCCAUAGUUCUGUUCAGGUGGCCCAUCAUCCCACCCCACCUGAACACAUCUGCCUUCAUUCCAGGGCUCCUAGGCACACAGAUCAUUGUAGGAGCAGGAGAACCUUCCCCAGAGGCCCCCAGCUGACCUCCCCUCUCUCCUCAUUGCCUGUCUCUAGAUCAGUCACUAGCUAGGAGAAGGGAACGGCUUGAAUUGCCAUAGGUUUUAUCGGGACGCAUUCCCCUUGGGCUGGGGGAAGCCCCACCUCUUCUGCCAGCCCAGUGCCUGAUUCAGGCAAACAGCUAGGAAGAAGGGCGUGUGGGCAGGAGGAGGUGGCCCUGGGAGUGGCCCUGGAGGAGGCGCCAACAGGGUUGGCAGCAUCAAGAUGACCUACGCUUGUGUGGAAAUCUAUGCCUCGUAGCCCAGAGGGACAGGUCAGUAGGCUCGGGGCGCAGAGAGCGGGCUAGACUCUGGCCCACAGGAAGAGGAGGGGUGUGGGGUUCAGCCCUUUGGGUGUAGCUAACGGUUCCAGUCUCCCCCGGCUAAAGCUGACCAUCUAUGAGGUUUCUGCCGGUCACAAAGGUGACAAAGCUCUGUUUCUCUGGACAUAAUUAAGAACAACAGGGGGAGGGAUUGCUGUGCACGUGUGGAAGAAGAAAUGUGACCAGCAACCUCAAGGGCGGGUUCACUGUUGGCCAGUCAGGUACAUACGGUCUCCUUGGUUCCCUUCCAGGCUGCGGGAGGCACCGUCUGGGUUUCCCCUGCGAAGCACCUGAUAGAGGCUGCCCAGCAGCUGGGUGAUAAUGUAGGUCGGGGAGAAAGGGCAUGACCGUGCCCAGACCUGGCCCGCAGGAGGUCUCUGUCAGUGCGCCACAGCCUCUCUGCCUCUAGUCCUCAUGCCUUGUCUUUUUUCAUCAGGACGGGUCAGUAGCUAAGUAAGGCCAGGAGGGACAGUGGAUACAACUUCAGAGAGAAAACCUGGUCCAUGUUGCCCUAAUCGAGGGAUCUCAGAGUUCUGUGCAGCAGGAUCACGUGGGGCACCUGGCUAAAAUGCAGAUUCCUGAGCUCCUGCUAGAGAUGGACCCUGGGGUGGGGCCCUGGAGUCUGCAUUUGUGACAGGCCAUCUCCUCCAGGACCAGUGUAAAUGCAAGGGGUCUGCUGGAGGUGAGGAGGGGGCACGGCCGUUUCUGUCAGAGGUGACCUGUGAGUGCCGGACACGUCACGAGGGGGUGACCUCCCAUUACCCACAAGGCACAGCUCAGAGCUAGAGGAACACUUGCGGGGCAGGAGGCGGCGGGGGGAGGGUCUUUAAAGAAGCGCCCCCCAGGAGGACAAGCUCAUUCCUCAGUUGCCCCUGUGAGACCUGCUGAGGCUGGAAGGGGCCCUGACUGGGCUGCCGGCUGGCUGGGCCCCCCUCCCAGCCUGGGCUGCGCCCCUCCCGCCUCCCCUUUGGCAGCUAACGUUUCCCCUCUUCCUCCCUUCUCCUGCCCUCUCCCUGCUCCCCACCUGCUCUGCUCCUGGUGCCUGUCCUGGCCCUGGGCUGCCCUCCCUUGUGCUUCUCUGGUCUCUCUCUCCCGCCUUCUCUCUUUCCUAUCAGUAACCAUGGGCCUACCCUCCCACCCCAGGCCCUCUGUUCCAACCCCGCGCCCCCUUUCUGCCCCUGCUGUGCCCCCCACCCCGCUCCUCCCCUGUCUCAGGGGACCAGUCACUCUCUCCAGAUCCUCCUCUGAUUUCUACUGUUUGCAGUUAAUUUUCUCUUGGAUUUGUGGAGAUUUUUCAUUUUUUAAAACUGUAACUGGGGCUUCCCUGGUGGUGCAGUGGUUGAGUCCGCCUGCCGAUGCAGGGGACAUGGGUUCGUGCCCCGGUCCGGGAAGAUCCCACAUGCCGCGGAGCGGCUGGGCCCGUGAGCCAUGGCCGCUGGGCCUGCGCGUCCAGAGCCUGUGCUCCGCAACGGGAGAGGCCACAGCAGUGAGAGGCCCGCAUACCGCAAAAAAAAAAACACAACAAACUGUAACUGGGGGCCAGCACAAAGGUU